UUCAGUCCUUCAUUCUUUUCUGUAAUUCUUCGUGUCUCUCUUUUUAUUGAUUGUUUUCUACACAAUAUUUCAUAUUUCUUCAGUCCACCUUUACCUACACCAUGUUUUAUCCAUAAUCCACUCUUUUUCCAGCUCUCUUUGCCCCUCAUCCUCUUCAUCUCUUCAUCUCUUCAUCCUCUUCAUCCUCUUCAUCCUCUUCAUCCUCUUCAUCCUCUUCAUCCUCUUCAUCCUCUUCAUCCUCUUCAUCCUCUUCAUCCUCUUCAUCCUCUUCAUCCUCUUCAUCCUCUUCAUCAUCUUCAUCUCUUCAUUGAUAUUAUAUCGAUAUUGAUCGCAUUCUCUCAUCUGGGUUUAUGCCUCAACCAAGUCACUCGUUUACUCCAGUAUUCAUGUCGCCUUUCUACUCCUCAUAAAAGCCGACCGAAACGAACCCCCGAAUUGAAUCACAACGCAACAAUGCAUCAACCACCCUCCUGCGCCAGAGUCUGUUUCUUUAUAUGCGCUCUCAUCUCCCUUACAUCAGUCUCUGCCGUCGAAACUGCCACAACUGUCGCCGUACCAUCACCGUCCAGCCUCAGCGGAAGGAUCAUCAAUGCCGCUGAUCUCCCAAAUAUAGUAGGGUCCGAAUCGGCGGACGAGCACGAUGAUCCACUCAAUCGACAUAUCACGCUCAAUAUCAACUCCCCGGCCGCAAGUAUCCACCAUCAUGGCGCACACACACACGCGCACGAGCAUCACCACGGAGAGACACUGCUCGUCCCCAGAUCAUCGACCUCAUCUACUACUUUCUUCCCCCAAGCCUUCGACACCAGUCUCUCCGACAACUUCACCACCACGAGCUGCCCCAAGUUCUUCAAAAAAUUCCUCUCAGACACCACCUACACGAACUGCCAUGCCAUCUCUAUGCUCCUGCGCGACUCUGCGGCCUUCUUCCAGGCCCUCAACUCCGCUGCCUCGACGUCUCAUAUUCUUGACCUCGCCUGUGCCGCUGAUGUCGAGUCCUGUGCCGCCACCAUGUCCUCGCUCGCCUCCUCCCUCCUCCAGAGCAACAACUGUGCCCAGGACUACCAAGCCGGUAAUCCCGUCGUCACAAACGCCUACAUCGACAUGAUCACCUACGAACCCAUAUACCGCGCCACCUGUCUCACCAGCCCAGAAACAACCGACUACUGCUUCGUCGACGCCAUCACAAACACUUCCAGUGCCGCUAACUACGAUAUCUACCUCCUCCCUUACGGUAGCACCAUCACCUCCGCCCCCUUCCCCACCUGCAACUCUUGCAUCCAGGCUUCCCUGGAUAUCUUCAGCAGCUGGGCCCAGGUUACCGGCCAGCCACUCACGACGUCUUACCUCCCAACAGCCAAGGCAAUCAACAGCAACUGUGGCGCGGGCUUUGCGGCCGUGAAUAUCACCGUUCGCUCAGAUUCCACUACAGCUGGUGUAUCCGCUGCUGUUUCUUUGAAUCCUCUCAUUGCUAUCUGGGUUACACUCGUAGCCAGUAUAGUGCUUUUAGCGUUCUAAUUUUUUUUUUUUUUUUUUUUAAUUUUUCAACUUAUACACCUUGUGACUCGGUGUAUUGUUUUUUCUAUCCUACUUUCUAGAUUCUCGGUUCGGGCUUGGACUAUGUAUGGAUGAUGACAGCGAUAUUUUUGGUUUUAUUUUCUUUCUUUGUAUCCGGUGGUGAUAAUUCUAAUAGCUAAAACUUGUAUAUGUAUAUAAUAAUCCAUCAACCCACGCGCAAUGAAUAAGAGGAUAUGCUGCCUUUUCAUUGUUUACCACAUAGAGUCGAACC